AUGAACAGUGCACGACGAGCUGACUUUGAUCAGCAUGCCCAACCCGCCCUAUUGUGGUCUCCGCCGGCGUCUAAUUCUGAACAACCACAAAGAACGACACGCAAGUCUCACCGCGGUCAGGACAGCACACCGCGGGCUCAGGGUUCGACUCGUGAAUACGCGUCCGACGCGCGAGCCACUCCCCAACCUUCGAACCCCCAGCAGUACUAUGCGUCCACCUCGAAUCGAGUGCAACAACCAACCGGCACGAACCCGUCCUCAUCUCAUGUUCGUGGAGAGGUCUCAUCCAAUGCGGCGACCUACGGUUCUUCGCAAGGCCGGCCAACCCCCUCACAGACGCCUACACCCACGAACGUGUAUCCAGACGUGUAUCAAUUGCGCGCAUACAUGCAGCAAACUCGACCCGGCAAGACCUCUUCGAAGGAGAAACUCGACGAUAAGGACAGGCGCCCAGGAUCAGCCACGCCUCAGCCCACACAAACAUCUGCUCCUUAUCCAGUGCCUGCAGCCCCGACACAACAAGGUGCACAGUACGCAUCCAAGGAACCCAGAACAAGGGAUGCGUCUUCGCGUCGGGAAACGAAGGAAAGCGAUAGGCGCCGGGAGGAGCGAUACAGGGACACGGGUCGGGACACAGACGAGAGUGAUAGGGAGAAGAUACGACGACAGCGAGAUGAAAUGGAGCGGGAAAGGAGUAGAGAUCGAACGCGUCAAUACGAAGAGCAGUAUCGGGAUAGGACGAAGGAUCGGGCCCGAGACCCUCGACAUCGACCCACUUAUGCACAGAACGUACCCAUGUCCACGGAUAUGCGCGGCAAGGAAUCGGAUAGCGACAGCUCCAAUCGUAGGAUGUUCUCUGCUGCCGAAGGUCAUAAGAAGUACUACAGCGAUGACAGGGUUCAUUCGUCGAGGUUUCUACCGAAUAUAUUUUCGCGCUCAUCACGCAAAACACCCACACCACAGCCUGUCCAAACCUCCAACUCGCAAGGACACUCCCAACCUGUCCAAGCUCCGAAUCACCCCAUCAAUCAUGCGCAGACACAUCCUCCCGCGGAAGCAAAGUCCAAGCAUGGCAGCACCUCGACCAAAUUCAUGCUGUAUCCUCAGAAGGACCCUCAGUCCGGCAAACACGGGGUGGACGAUCCCCGGUCCCGACGCGAAGCCCAUCGGCCCUCUGCUACCGUUCAACCUGGCGCACCGCAAUCCAACAAUCCAGCUUCGAUGCAAUAUGCGACCACGCAUAAUGCAGCAAUGCAUAAUGCUCGCGCCACCCAAGCGGGCCUCGCUACAACCACCCAGCCUGCGACGUCAGCUGCCGCAUAUGCUAGCUGGAGCCCGCCCCUGCAAGACCCUUAUAGGCAACUGCAAUCACCGAUUAGUCCGUUAAGCGGUCUGCAGGGCACGCUACAACAGCAGCUAUCUUCGAAUCAUCCGUCUGCUCCCAUGGCGACAUCGAACAAUCGAGCUACCGGGGCUCCGAGCGUACAGCCUGACCAUCCGGCGCACAGGAAUGAGACCAACGCUCCUCGAGAUGAUCGUCAGGUGCAUACGAGCGCCAGCAAUGGCAGUCCGGGGCAAGGAAGAAGGGAGAGAUCCAGCCUGGAACAAGCUCGCUCCCCACCUCCGACUGCUAAUGCAGCUAUUGGCGGGUAUUCACCGCAGGGUUAUAGCGGGAGUGGAUCACAGCAAACAUCGGCUGUCCAGUACCAGCUUGCAGAGUCUCAGAGAUAUCAGGACCGCGCUCAGGCAGUGCAGCAGGGAGUGCGCUAUGCGAAUUCUCAUACAGGCCAAGCGAUCUAUUCCAACAAUGUGUCGCCUCCGGAGUCCCGCGACCUUGCACAGAAAGGUGGUGUCUUGCCAUCGUCCACGGGAUCGUAUGCUGUUGCAGGGGCGAAUAACAUGCAUGGCGGAGGGGCCGUGCCGACGCAAGCCCAUCAUGUCGCACAACCUCAAGCAGUCCCCGAUACAUACUCAACGCGGCCGGAUCUGCUCAAACAGCCCUCUUAUGAUCAAGGAAGGCGGUCUCUGCAGUCUCCUGGGCUUUCUAUCGCUACCACUGUCGACACUGCGGCCACAACGGUCACAUCCUCUAACUACCAAGCUUCCGCCAACACCAUACUCGGCGUAUCCACCAAUCCAUCCAACGGCAGUCGAGAACAGGUUCAUGGCGCUGGGAACAGCUCGACUCCCGUCGCUUCGGUCGACCCGUCCAAGCACAAUGCACCAUAUCCCGGGCCAAUGAGUGCGCCUCCGACAGCAAUGGCGUCGCCAUCGCCAUAUAGAAACCGACCUGAAGCAGAUAUGGGUCGACCUGUGCCUGUCCACCAUUCAAAUUCAAUGCCGUCCCCCGCCCCUCAUGUGCAGCAACAUGCUCAAGGGGUCGCCGGAGUCUACCCAACGACCGCGCAACUGUCGCAGCGUAGCGCUACCACAGGGAUCCCAGUUGCUCCGUCGAACAGGUCAGGCUGGGAAAAUGUCUAUCCUGGUGCAGGACCGGGCUUGGCAAGUACAAAUGCCAAACCACCGAGUAGAGAGGGCCCAGCACCGAAGUUUCCUGUGAUUGAGACGCCUUCCACUCCUUCAAGUGGCAGGACGGCGGGAACGCCUCCAUUCCUCACACCGUCGAGUAACGUUAUGGGCAACAAGACCCUGCCGCCUGCUACACCUCAAUCAAUCCAUGCCAGCAUUGCCGCGCAGCCCAUCGCCCAUACCGCCUCGUCAUCCAGCAAACCUGUUAUGGCUGCUGCUCCUUCCGUUCAGUCUGGAGCCUCCAAUUCCCAUAGCUCAAGCUCUAAUUCUCAUCCGGGGCCAGGAGCCCACCGACCUAACCAGCCAUCUCAAGUCAUGCAUACCCCCGUGUCUCAUCAACAACAACAUCCGUCAACGUUACCCAUAUCCGGCGCUAACCCACGCUCCGAUCCCCACCAUGUAGGUUCUCCUCAGGCGUCAGCCCCAUACCCCUCCGUUACGUCGCCUAUACAACAUGGUCCAACGCUGCGCGAACCUCGAACUCAACAACCUCCUCAGAUUUCCAACCCCAAUUCUGCCCACUCCGUAUUCCCCCAGACGCAUGAAAUGCCUCCGACGUCAGUACCAAAGAAUCCGUCUAAGGAUUCCAGCAUCCAUCGCCAGUCUCGCAAUAAGGAGAACAGCCAACCGUGGUUUUCAGGGAUGAUCGGGCGCAACCCAUCCCGUGACUCCCAGGACACGAAGGAUACUGGCAGCCUCCGCGCCGCGUCAAUCAUGGGUGAGGCACCAGUACGCAAACCGAGCAAACUGUCCAAGCAGCCGCCGAAGCGUUCGCAGACCCACCCUGUACCCCCGCAAAUGGCGGCUCCCUCCGGCCAGGGGCGUGGCCGCACACUGUCAGAUACUGAAAGCUCUCGCAUGGACGCGUUGCGACACCUCAUGCCUUCGCGAGCUUCGGUAGACGCGCACGGCCGACGGAAUAACUCGUCGAGCUCAGUGGCUCAGGCAGCCUAUGGGCGGGCCCCAUCCGCACCUCCGGGGUCGCGCGACAGCUCUCAAGAGCGCAAGAAGAAAGGCGUGUUCUCUCGCUUCUUCAGUUCCGGGCCCAAGAGCUCCGAUAUCAAGAACCCGCAGCAGACGUGGUAUACAUCGCAACAGCAGGGGUCGAGCGAUACCUUGAGGCGGGAGACGUCGCGACAAGAUGAUCGGUACAAGCGUGAGAGCGUGCUUCCCGACGUGCGGCGGACGGUCGAUACGAAGGUCGUGCCUCCGCCAGUUUCCACCAAAGGCAACGUUCCUCCCACUUUGACGAUUCCUUUGAACAUCCCUUCGACGGAGAAGAGGAGCCCUGCGGGCAAAACAUUCAAGCCUAACUUCAGAUUCCUGGCCCCGAAGCGUCAUCGUACCAUGUCCGCGGCGUCUCUGGAAGCUAUGGACGGGACAGCUCUCAACGGUCUUUCUACUCACCCAUCGAUGUCCACGUUGACGAGCACCAUGCUGACCACCAGCGUACAACCACUGCCGACGCGGGAUCCUCUCAAUGCAGCGGAAGAAUGGCGCAACAACGGCGAAACCUCGCUUCGCGGGCGUGGUUCAGGCACCCGCAGGGUACGUCCUGGAGUGACGUUCGACGUGGAAGAGGAUCCUCCCGAUGAUGUCUUGGAGGCCCGCAUUCCACUUGCCAGAGCGGCGAGCGGGCGCUUGCAGCGCCGCCGUCCCAGCAAAUGA